AUGCCAACAACCCAGCUCUUUAAAGGCCGCCUCUUCUGUUGUCCCGCUACGUACCGAGAGUUCCUGAACUUCGAUUUGCAGAUUACCGUCGUCAUGGCGAGCUGGUUUACGUCUACCUCUCCGUUCGAUGAGCAGGUUGAGAAAGCGACCUCGUCAUCCCUAGAGGAUAUUGCGGCGAACCUAGAGAUUUCAGAUGUUAUCCGAUCGAAGAGCGUACAGCCCAAGGAUGCUAUGCGAUCACUGAAACGAAGAUUAGAGAGCAGGAAUCCGAAUGUGCAACUGGCGACCCUAAAGUUGACGGAUACAUGUGUCAAAAAUGGCGGGAACCACUUUCUUGCGGAGAUCGCUUCUCGGGAGUUCAUGGAUAAUCUUGUCUCGUUGCUGAGAGCUUCCGGACCCGCCGCUCUCAACGAAGAGGUAAAGACAAAAGUACUAGAAUUGAUUCAGACAUGGGCUUUGGCUACGCAAACCCGUGCCGAUCUACCAUAUAUUGGCGAAACCUACCGGGGUCUGCAAAAAGAAGGUUAUCAGUUUCCGCCAAAGACAGAGAUGGCAAGCAGCAUGCUUGACAGCAGCGCCCCUCCAGAGUGGAUAGAUUCGGACGUCUCUCCGAUGGAACCUCGUGGUGGGAGAGCCGAGUCGGACUUCGAUGAGGACCUAAAACGUGCUCUCCAGAUGAGCCUUGAAGAGGUAAAAGCUCAUACUGGUGCUGGAUAUGUCCCACAGACCAAAUCGGCGGCUACACCAGAAUUAAAGAAACCUGAGCCGAAGGUGCAGGAAGCAAACGGGCUACAUGGGGAUUCCUUGGAAGAUGAUGAUCCAGAUUUGCGAGCUGCCAUCCAAGCUUCGUUGAAAGAUAUGGAAGAGCAGAAGCAGAAGCACUCAGCUGCUCUGAAAAGCACGACUGUAGCAAAUUCAUCUACGUCCACUGCCAUGUCCACCACCCUCAUGCCGAAGAAAGACUACGAGCUUACUGCUAUUGAAGCAGAAAAUAUUAAUUUGUUUGCCACACUAGUUGAUAGGUUACAACAUCAGCCUCCUGGCACGAUCCUGCGAGAACCACAAAUACAAGAACUAUAUGAGAGCAUAGGGGCCUUAAGACCUAAAUUAGCGCGUACUUACGGGGAAACAAUGAGUAAACAUGAUACCCUUCUCGACCUCCAUGCCAAGUUAUCAACAGUCGUCAGGUACUAUGAUCGUAUGCUUGAAGACCGUCUCUCAAACACCUACGCACAACACACUCUGGGCACCUACAACUAUCUACCAUCCAGCCAACCUGCUUCAAAUAUAUAUCCAUCCAUGCCAACAAACCUACCAGAUAAUAAGGGGGGUGUAGAGAACUUCUAUUUUGGGUCGGGACCUGUAGAAAAUACUGUUCCUCCGAGCCAAUACCACCAACCUGAGCGCCAUUUGUCCGCCGGACCUGGCAACGAACAGCAUGCCGGUGUGCUUUCGCAAUCCAAGCAAAUUAACAGCGCCCAAAAUCAUUACCAGCCACUCGCAUCACCGCAAUCUACACAUAAUCCAGCUCAAUAUCACGUCCAUCCAAUGCCUCAAGGAGAACCUUCGCAAUCUGGACAGGCCGAACAGGCGGGCACAACUGGGCCAGCUGGUUACUAUCUCCCACAGGGAGUAACUAUCCCCGUGUCCCACGACCCUAAUGCUGGCACAGCACCACAGUACGUUCCUGCACCGGAGCCAUCAUAUCCUCCGUCGCCGACAAUGCGAAGGGACUCUCAGUUCCAGACAGCCCAACCGACCCCGCGGUCGAACCACUCGCAACCUACCUAUUAUCCUUCCUCAGAUGUGAUUCAAUCUCCUCAGCCACAACCUGUAACCUAUAACGCCCAGCAAAUGUCCUCCGCUGCACAUUUCCAACCCCAGCUCCAAUCACAGGAAGGCGCCAGCUCCCUACCACCAAGCGCAGCACAGCCCUCCCAACCCCAUAAUAAUUGGCCGCAGCCAGACUCCGGAGCAGGUCCCCAAUACAUGGCACCACUUGGAAAUCCCGUCUAUCAAAGUUUCGUCCCCAUGGCGCCGACCGUGGAGCAAUCCCUAUUUAUUCGAAGGGCUAGAACAAAUCCCAUUGUCUCUGGUCAUUCGUGUCUUGAAUGUGUCGCGAUUGGAGCUUUGCCUGCAAGUCCCAACGGGUCAUCUCGGUCAGAAUCUUCCAAUUACCUCCCAACCACGCCUAUAUCCAUCGCGAACGGAACAUUCGAUUGCUCCCCCACGAGCGCCUUUGAAUUGCGCCGCAUCCUCCUGCAGCUAGCCCCAUCGGAAUCGAUCUUCGUGGCGAGAUCCAUGACGUUGCAGAGACUUGCUGCGGCUCACAAUCUUCUAGGCGAGGGUGACACACACGCUGCACCUGCGUUAAGACACCACCAACGCAAAAAAUCAGCGCCCGAAUCGCCCGAUUCGAGCCCUCGCGUUGGCCAUCAUCACAUUCGCUGGAAUGGCUCAACGGUUUCGCUGACGGGCCAAGGGGGUAAUACGGCGAUCAGGAAAAAUCUUUCCACCCCGUUACUGAGGAAUAUAUCAGGGGUUCUCGGUAGGAAAUCGCCUUUGAUGAACAAAACGGGAGCAGUUGAUAAAGCGGGGCAGAAAAAGAAAGUGGGAUUCGAGCUUGUGGCUUCGGAGGACGACGACGACGAGUGGGAAGAUAAUAAUAGCUCUUAUUCUCCGGAAAGCACAAGGCCGAAUUCGGUGGUUACGUCCAAAAUGAGUGUGGACAAUAGCCCCGAGUCUCCUCUCCAGGCGCAAAAAUCCCCUUCAGCCCAAGCAAGCGGCGAUCUUGAGGGAGAGGCCGGGCGGCACACUACAGAACGCGCCAAUGGUUCCGGCGCUGAGCCUCCUCAGGGACAGCAUUCACGACCCCUUUAUCAGGACGAUAUUGCUACCCGUCUCCUUCAUCAACCGCAUUCGUCUAAAGCUCCACCUGCUAUAUCAUCCGUCUCAGUUACCGCAACGCCACCAGCAGUGGAACGAAGUCCUCGUCCGCCGUCCUUUCCGACUCUCCCUUCAGGCCGUAUCCGCGAUUCCUGGUCUGCUGCGGGGAGUGCGUCAACGAGCAAUCCGCAUGGAACAUCAUCUUCCAUUGAAGGGGGGGUAUCCAAAUUCCUUAUAAACAACCCCAGUUCCCAAACUGGGGCCAUGGCUGAUUCUGAACCCCCGUCCUCAUUCCUGCCACACUACAACCCAAACACGCCACCGUCCCCAGAAACGCAGGGCUCCAGACGGCCUACCUCUCGCGGUCGCCAACAAGAGCCACCCUCACGUACACAGCAAAAAUUAUGGUUACAACGAACCGCAACUCUUACCACCUCCCCCCCCGAUCCAUCUAUGUCCGGGCCGUCCCCAACCAUUGCCCCUUCUUCGAUGGAACCCACAUUUAUCGUGGCUACUCAGUCUGGAUCCGGCUCUCGGGACCAUGCAAGAGACGGCCGCAGGGCAUUGCUGGGAAUGGGAGGAACUACAGGCAUAAAUCCCGAGAGCGAAGUUAAACGUGCCCGCAAGGUCUAUGAUAAAUUCACUACAGAGUAUUCAGUAGUCCGCCGUUUCAGAUCUCCCAUCGCGGAAAGCUUGCUCAGGCUCGAUAUGAUGGCAGGGGCGGAUGCGAAAUCCAGCAAUACCCCUCAAACCCGGUCCAGCGGACAGAACGCCGUCGUCGCCAACGGAGCCCUUUCUCGCCCACCUUCAUCGCGAAAUGUUGACUCCGACCCCGCCGUCAACCACCAGUUUAUCAGCAAGUUGCCCAAAUCAUCCAGCCAGGUACGAUUCAGGACUUCGGAGGAUACCGUCCACGUCAACUAUUCAGAUGAGCCCGCUGAGCGAUUGGAUGUGGAACAUCAGCAGCAACGACCCAACUCGGUUGCCAUUGUUCUUGCAGAUGGAAACGUGUACGAAGAACCGAUAGAUGAUGAAGACGGUGCCGGUGGCGUUGGCGGUGGCGAUGGGCAUGCCGCAUAUCAACCCAAUGAAGCGGAACUACUCAUUAGACGGAUAUGGGAUAGUCGAGAAGUAGCCGUUGCGGGUGAUUGA